ACUAGAGAGUACCGCUGCCUCUCUAGCAGUCCUGACAAUGAAAACCCUUCCAUUUCUUCUUUCAGCGUUUUUGGCAGCUGUGACAUGUCAAGAUGCACCAACAGUGAGUAUUUUGCAGAAGUUUACCGAUAUCUACCUGGGGGAUACACUGGUGCUCAGGUGCUCAGGCUCAGGCUCAGGUGACGUCAAAUGGUACCACAAGGAUACGCCUGUGGCUCAUACGAAACCCGUGUGGAUCGUCCCAGUGCUGUCCGCGAAGGGCACGCUUUCAUAUUCUUGUGAGCAGAACGGAAAGAAGAGCAGCACCCUUACACAUAAAAUCAAUAGAUACAUGCCCCCGGGGAUCCUGUCCAUAAAGACUGGAAAUUCCGUGGUGCCCAACGGCGAAUCGGUCAUACUGAACCUUGAGGUGGAUGGAGAUCUAAAUGGAUGGAUCUGUUUUACAAUUAAGGGAGAAAAAGCUUAUGCCACCGUUUUUCAAAAAGAACUGAUUGAACAAAAAAUUAACAAUAUAGAUUUUCAGAGCUCUCCCAUCUCCAUCGAGCAAAGCCCUCUUAUUUACUGGUGUAAAAAAAGAGGAACAAACACCAGAAGCAACACUGUCACUCUGACAGCCACAAACAAAAAAGCAGUAUUGGUUUCCCACCCUGAUUUACCCGUUUCUGGCACGGAGGUGAUUUUGGAGUGCAUAGUGCCCGGUGCACGGACAGUUGAAAAAGUUAUUUUUUAUAAAAAUGACAAGGAAGUGGUUCCCUAUCAAUCAGGGAAGACCUAUACUAUUAAAAACAUGACAGAAGACUAUUAUGCUCCAUACUACUGCAAUGCCAGUUACAAAUAUAUAGAGAACAGCAACAGACUAAGCGACAGUUCGAACGUUCAAAAACUUGAAGGCAGAGAGGCAUCUCUGAAAGCAGUGAUUUCUGGGGAUGCGUCUCACCCGAAGUGUUCCUGCUUUGAAUGUCCAACAUCUGCCGAAUACCGGUACUACAAGGACUUGGAGGACGGCGGAAAACAACUGUUUAAUACAGCUUCGAACCUGCAGCCGGGGAUGUACAGCUGCAGGGCGGUGUGGGACUUGGGAGUCUCCAUGAUGAGCGAUCCCAAAAAGAUGGACAACGGAGAGAAUCUCGAAAUCCCUAUAAUUGUGAUUUUAAUUGUGAUUGCACUGAUUCUGAUUCUGAUUGGAAUUGCGAUAAUUGUCAUCUGGAAAAAACGAAGGACCGAAGCCUUGUACCAAGAGGUGCCACUCAGGGCUGUGAAGUCCAACAAAGGGGAUGGAGGUUACCAGGACCUCCAAGAAGCCCGGAGCGGAACGAGAGGUGGCGACUAUGAGACCCUGAAGGGAGAAAGAGAGCAGGGGGGAGAGGUGGAAGGAGCCAGACCAGAGAGAGGGUACGAGGCUUUGAAAACUGCACCUGGAGCAGAGAAGGACACUGUUUACCACACGAUUAAACCAGAGGGGUCUGAUGGUGCAUCGAAGGGUGAUGCCAUCAAAGGGGAGGAGGUUAAAGGGCGAGAGGGGGGGUACGAGGCACUGAAAAUUGCUAAAGAAGAAGAGAAGGAAGGCUUGUACCAGACGAUAGGACAAGAUGAGGUUAAACAAGAGUAGGGUAUUUACCAGAUGUAGGGUGUGGGCGAGGUGAGAGGGUUGAGACCUAGAAAGAUGGAAAUACUGAUCUGCAACAAGGGAAAAUAACAGCAGAACCGUAGACAUAUACAGGUAGUCGAUAAUCAAACUCGGACAUCAGCGUGAACAGUGAGAACUGGGAAGGAAGACUAGGAGAGUCGUGUUGGUAUCAGCUGUACGCGUCAUCAUUUACAUUUUUACUAUCAUUUACUUUUCUCAUACCGCAGCAUUACUUGCUUCUGUAAAUUUAUUCAUAACAAAGCACCAUAUAGCCGAGCAUCCUACAGUAUCGCAAACCCCAGAUUACUGCAUUGCAAUUCAGUCUCAUUUACAUUCAUUCAUUAGGUGACACUUUUCUCCGAAGUGACUUCCAACAUUAAGGUACUUUUCCCGAUCAAUUUUCCUUUUAUAGCCUGUAUUCCUUGCA